UGUCGAUGCUAUGUUGUGUCGAUGCUGUAGUUUGUCGAUGCUAUGAUAGGUAACCAAUUUGAUCUUUGAACAGAAACAGAACAGUUGAGCUGGUACGUCGGUAAUGUUGUACAAGUGAAUUUUGAUCAUUCUUUUUUUGGUUGAAGAGUAUCAAUCAUUAUUAAAUGAAAUGGCAGGUUUUACUGAAGGAAGCUUGAGUAAAAAACUUGAGGAUCUUAAUGCUUCUCAACAUAGCAUCCAAACAUUAUCUUUGUGGGUAAUACAUCAUCGAAAACAUUACCAAUUGAUUGUAAAAACAUGGAUGAAAGAGUUGCAGAAAGCUGAUGAAGGCCGACAAAUUACUCUGAUGUACCUUGCCAAUGACGUCAUACAAAACAGUAAGAAGAAAGGACCCGAAUAUGGCAAAGAAUUCGGUACUGUGAUGAAGCAAGCCUUCCAAAUAAUGGGUGGACCAAAACUUAGCGAAAAAACAAAGAAGAGUCUACUGAGACUUAUUUCCAUUUGGGAAGAACGCUCUGUCUAUGAUAGAAAACUGAUAGAAGAAUUGAAAUAUGCAUUCGAUCAUGGUAUGCCAGGAAACGCAACGUCGCCGCCACCACGCAAAAAGUCGAAAAUUGAUCGCGAAUCGCCAGCUGUUGUUGAUAAGAAGAAAGAAAGACUGAAAGAGAAGAGACGAACUCAGGAGGAAGAAGUAGAGGUGGAUGGAAUGAAGGAAGUGCACAUCACACUCUCGCCGAGAACCCCCGUGGGAGAUCCUCCCGAACCGGAGGAGCUCAUCAAAGCAUUAGUGGAUUUAGAAAAUUCAGCAUCCAGUGACGCAGCAGUUAGAGAACGAAUUGCGAGUCUACCUCCAGAAGUAUCCGAGAUUAAUCUUCUCACCAAAUUAGAUGAUAAGGCAGCUGCAGAAAGGCUGUCAAUUGAGGUGAAUGAGGCGGUGGCGCUGUUGACCGACUACAACUCGCGGCUGGCCAGCGAAAUGGACGACAGGAAGAAGGUGACGCAGAUGCUCAGGGACUUCAUCCAGGCUCAAAGAGAUCUACUGCAACAGGCUGAGCAGAGGCUAGACGACUACAAAGAGAAACUGUCUAAAGUGCUGCUAGUGCGGCAGGAGGUUAAGUCGCACCUACGCAAUCUGCCUGACCUGUCGCUGCCCACCGGCACCAACCCCCUCAAGCCCCUCCCCUCCGCCGGCGACCUAUUUAGUCUGCGCUGAGCUCACGGAGCCAGGGAAAACAAAUCUACAGGAAUUAGGAAAAAUCUUAAACUUCUAUUAGACAAGUAUAACUAGUAGAACAUCAUCUAUCAGCGAGAAUUUAGACGUUUUAGGAUUGGUUCAAGUCUGAUUAUCAUUUUAUUUGUAUAUAUUUAUAUUGUAAAGCAAUCACCUGAAUUUUAUGUUUCCUGCAAUGCCAGAAUUCAUAAAAUUUAAAUCUACAUAAUGUGCACAUGCACAUACGAUGAGGUGCAAAAAUAUAGAAAAUAUUACUAUACAUAUAAUCCUAUGUAGUUGCAACAUACAUAAUAUUUUAUUGAUAUAUGUACUUACAUUUGUGUUUGUAUAUCAUAUCAAUUUAUACAUAAUAUAUUCUCAAUUACUAUUCUACGUGACGUAUGCAAAAAUAUAAGUAUGCUUGUAUUUAAAAAAUAUUAUCACAGUAUGUUUUAGUUUUUAAUAAUUGUGUUUUUGGUUGGAAUUCAUUUUAUGCAGUCUUUUUUUUCAAAAUAAAACUGCUUGUUUUCAUAUUGAAAGUCUAUUUUUCAUGUAAAGCAAUAAACAACGUGAAUCCCUCAAGUUUUUUCACAAAGCCCAUGAUCUAUAGGGUCCGAGUUAAAAUUAAUAUUCUAAUAUAUUAUCAAGUAUUCUCAUUCUUAUGAAAGGAAGUUUUUAUAUUUUUUUAUAAAAUGAUCCCGGUAAUUCAUGUAUAUGGUUCAUUGAACCUCAGUUGGCUCAUUUUGAACCCAAAAUUCAAUUUAUCAAUGUAUCCUUAUGAAUUAUCUAUUGUGAUUAUACCUCAUUAUUUUACUAUUAAAGAAAUUUAUAAACACAAAUUAUGUAUCAAUUUAGAUAUUUUUAAAUACUUGGCCAGUCAAGAUUAAAUAAUUCCCAGUCUUUGAAUAAGGCUAUGGAACAUCCUAAAUAAAACUUCACUGGUUAUAUUUUUCAAAGUUUUCAGAUUCGUAUACUACCAAGCUAUCAAAAUAAAAAAGUUUUCCUCAGGAAUUUAUUUUUCCCAAUCAUUACUUUUAAGAUAUGAGCAUCUAAAAUUAAAUUUUUUGGGUCAGAUCGUUUCAAAUUCUAUAAGAAAUAAAUCCAAGAAAUUUUUAGGAUAAAUUCUUCAUGGUAUUGUUGAUUGAAUAGAACAAAAAUUUCCUGAAAAUGACGGUUUUUGAGAAAGCUAUUCUCGAUUUACAAAAAAUGACCAAAAAUAACUUUUAGUUGAAUUAUUUUUUAUCUUUUCUUUUUAAAUCGAAUAACAUUUUCAAAAAUUGAUAUUUUCAGUAAAAUUAAAUUUAUAAAUUUUUCUCUUACCGAAUUUCAAAUUGUCUGUCCACAAUUUUAAACUUGGCGCUCUUAUCUCGAAAAGUAAUGAUCGGAAUUUUUUUCCUGAGAAAACUUUUUUAUUCUGAUAGCUUGAUGGCUUUGUAUACGAAUUGACAAACUUAUCACCAGUAAAGAAUGUUUUAACCUGUUGCACAGCCUUAAGCAUGCUGUGAAGAGAGUCUGUGAUGUAAUUGUAAAGUGAUAUUAAAUGUAAAUUGAAUGUAUUGAGAGCUACAUUUGAAGUCACUCUGUUCCGUGAUUAGUAGUGACCCAAAGUGGUACUCCAACACAAUAUCAAUUGAUAAGUGUCAUACUUUUCUAAAAACAUGAACCCCUAUCAAUUUUCCUAGAACGUAUGGAAAUAAAUUUGCCUUGUCAAUAAUCAUUAUAUUAAUAUAAUCAAUUAUAUGUGGUUGCCAAUUUAUCAUUCAUACAAUAAUCGUUUUGAAAAUAAUGCUGACAUUGUGAAAAAGUCUGAAGUUUAUUGUAAUUUAAAUCAUUGUUUAAUCUUAAGCAUCACAAAUUAUGAUAUUGCUACAGUUCUAGUUACAGUAUAAGAUUUUAGUAUUAGGCUACUUGAAAAAAAAAUUAAUAAAUUGAUCUCUGAUUCCAGAAAGUUUUGAAAAGUAUUAAAGUAAAUACGAUAUUUAUAGAUUUGGACCUGAAAACACGAUAUAAAAGUUAUUGAAAAUUAUGCUUUUCAUGAAGCAUAUUAUUAUAGAAAUAUUCAAAAUACUCAUUAUUGAUUCAAUUCAGGUGCUAAUUACUUACUUAACACAAGCGCAGUAUGCUAAUGAGAGCCACCUUUAAAAAAAAUCCAGCACAACUCUUGCUGUCAUUUUCAUUCGUCAAAAGUAUUUUCUUGUGUAUCAAACAUGUAUUGUGAAAUCAGAUUAAAUAUUGUCUUGAAAUAAAAUUUUCAGAAUCAGGCUUCUUGCUGCGCUAGGUACCUAUUAUAAGCGUAGUUAUUCUAUUUUCCUCUUGAAAAAUUCAACUCUAUUAUUGUUCGCAUUCUUUAAGCAAAGUGAAUUGAUACCAAGGGUUUCUAAAGAUACCGUACAUCAUUUUGCGAAAAUGUUGAUAGAACUUGAUCUACAGAAGUUUUUUCGAAUGAAUAUUCAACAUAAUGUAUUCCCUGUCUACAUAUUUUUAUUAUUCUAUAGAAGAAUUCGCAUAUAAAAAUCAAAUGAAAAUGCGAAUCUUUUUCAUAUUUUAUAGCUUGAAAAUACAUUUUUGAAUAACAAAAUUAUAACACAAUGAUUUUUACAGUCUAGAUUCUAUAAAAUCUCUUCAAUUAUAGGGAUUAUUUCCAUUUGCACAAAAAUUUCCACCCUAUUUAAUGCCAUUAUGCUUAUCAUAAUCCUGCAUCAAUAGCUGUAAAUAGUUACCAAAAUAUUAAAAUUUAUGAAAAUGAUGAUAAUAAUGCUAAAUAUUAAGUAUUGUUACUAGUUCAUAUUCACUAGCAAUGUGUUUCGAAUGUUUAUAUGCCCAGUUGAAAUAUAUUUUUGAAAAAUCACA